AACAAGGUAUUUUGUAUUGGACUCAGUAAUAUAAAAUAUAAGAUGGAGGUUUGGGGUAUUUUUGUAAUAUGUGAAAACCACAAAUAGACCUUUUAUCUUGUCGUUGACAGAUUUAUGCGCACUGGACAGAUUCGUGGUUUUUCCUUUUUCGGGUUUGGGUGGAUGAACUUUGCAAUACAUUUUUAAUGAUUCGAGAUUUGAGCAAGAUGUACCCCCCGGCACGGCAUCCGGUUCCACACCAGCCGGGCCAGCAGUUCAAAUUCACCAUCACCGAAUCCUGCGACCGCAUCAAGGACGAGUUCCAGUUUAUCCAGGCGCAGUAUCACAGUCUGAAAAUGGAGUGUGACAAACUGGCCAAUGAGAAGACAGAGAUGCAGAGACACUACGUGAUGUAUUAUGAGAUGUCCUAUGGACUCAACAUUGAGAUGCAUAAGCAGGCGGAGAUUGUAAAGCGCCUGAACGCCAUCUGCGCCCAGGUCAUCCCCUUCCUGUCACAAGAGCACCAGCAGCAGGUGGUCCAGGCGGUGGAGAGGGCCAAGCAGGUCACCAUGGCCGAACUCAACGCUGUCAUUGGGCAGCAGCAGCUCCAGGCCCAGCAGCUCUCUCACGGUCACGCUCUCCCCAUCCCCCUCACCCCCCACCCCUCGGGCCUCCAGCCCCCCGGGCCCCCCGGGGCCCCCACCCCCAGCCUGCUGGCCCUCUCCUCCACCCCCAGCCUGCUGGCCCUCUCCUCCACCCCCAGCCUGGCUCAGCUGCCCUCCAAAGAGGACAAGAAGCUCCACGACGAGCUCCGAGACAGAGACUCUCUCAAGAGUUCAUCUCUCUCUCCAUCGGUCAGUUUACGGUCGGCAGAGAAGCACAGGAGUUCCGGAAGCUUCUGCUCUGACAGAAAGAAGCAGAGGAUGGAGGAUAAAGAGGUGGCCUCCACACACUACGACAGCGACGGGGGGAAGAGUGAGGACAACCUGGUGGUAGACGUCUCUGAGGAUCCUGCGUCCCCCAGAGCCAGCCCGCUCCCCUCCCCUCGGGAGAACGGCCUGGACACUCACCUGGACUCUCACCUGGACAGUGGUCACCCUCAGAAGAAGGAUGCCCCCCUCAGCCCUGCCUCUGUAGCCUCCUCCAGCAGCACUCCCUCCUCCAAGACCAAACACCUUGCCACGAAUAAGUCCAGCACUCCUGUGUCCAAGACCAGCAGCCCCGCCCCCCGGUGUGAGGCCCCCCCGCCCGGCAGCUCCUCAAUCCCAGGACUGAGACCCUUGCUGGGCAAGCCGCCCGGCAUGGACACCCUGGUUGCGGGUGUGCGCCCCCCGCUGGCCGUGUCAUGCCCCUACCCGGGGCCGUUUGGCCUGGUGCCUCACCCCGGGGUGGCGGGGGAGCUGGGGGGCGUGGCCUAUGCCAGCCUCCACAACAUCACCCCUCAGAUGAGUGUCGCCGCCGCCGUCGCUGCGUACGGACGCUCCCACAUGGUGGGGUUUGACCCACACCAUCAGAUGCGUGUCCCAGGUCUGCCCCCCAGCCUGCCCCCCAGCCUGUCUGCCAUCCCUGGGGGGAAACCGGCGUACUCGUUCCACGUGAGCGCUGAUGGCCAGAUGCAGCCGGUACCCUUCCCUCCAGACGCUCUGAUUGGCCCGGGCAUCCCUCGCCACGCCCGCCAGAUCAACACGCUGGGACACGGCGAGGUGGUGUGUGCCGUCACCCUUAGCAACCCCACGCGCCACGUGUACACAGGGGGCAAGGGCUGUGUGAAGGUGUGGGACAUCAGUCACCCUGGCAACAAGACCCCUGUGUCCCAGCUGGACUGCCUGAACAGAGAGAACUACAUCCGUUCCUGCAGGCUCCUCCCAGACGGCAGGACUCUGAUCGUGGGGGGCGAGGCCAGCACGCUGUCCAUCUGGGACCUGGCCACACCCACGCCGCGCAUCAAGGCAGAGCUGACAUCGUCCGCCCCCGCCUGCUACGCCCUGGCCAUCAGCCCCGACUCCAAGGUCUGCUUCUCCUGCUGCUCUGACGGAAACAUCGCCGUCUGGGACCUGCACAACCAGACCCUGGUCAGGCAGUUCCAGGGCCACACAGACGGGGCCAGCUGCAUCGACAUCUCAGACGACGGCCACAAGCUGUGGACGGGGGGGCUGGACAACACAGUGCGCUCCUGGGACCUGCGAGAGGGGAGGCAGCUGCAGCAACACGACUUCACCUCCCAGAUCUUCUCCCUGGGCUCCUGCCCCACGGGGGACUGGCUGGUGGUGGGGAUGGAGAACAGCAACGUGGAAGUCCUUCACGUCAGCAAGCCUGAUAAGUACCAGCUGCACCUCCAUGAGAGCUGCGUGCUCUCCCUCAAGUUCGCCCACUGCGGGAAGUGGUUUGUGAGCACGGGGAAGGACAACCUGCUGAACGCGUGGAGGACCCCUUACGGAGCGAGCAUCUUCCAGUCGAAGGAGUCUUCCUCUGUGCUGAGCUGUGACAUCUCGGUGGAUGAUAAGUACAUAGUGACGGGCUCCGGGGACAAGAAGGCCACCGUGUACGAGGUGAUCUACUGACCCCGGGCCACCAGACACACAAGAAAUGAAGCUUGCGCAACAGGAAGAAGUACUUCUGACGAGAGGCAUGAAGGAACGGUCUCCUGAACUCAAUACCCGGACCUUCUCACUUCCUGACUGGUUGUGGAAUCGUGAGUGACACAAACCAGGGUGAACUUUUUUGUUGUUGUAUUAUUUAUAAAAUCAAUGACUUUUGUGUUUCCACGGAAACCAAUGAAGCUGCACUAAGCCUGAUAUUAGAGGUAGGUCCAUCCGGAGAUUAAACAUUUAACAAGAAACGCUGCUCUAAGAUAUGUACAUUUAGGACAGUUAACAAUUAGCAGAAAACUGUUUUAUCAUUUCAACCUUUUUUAUUCUUUUUACCACAGUUUUCCUGUUCUCCUGUUGGACCACAGCUCCACAGAUUGAUAAAAUCACCCAGUUGAGGGAGAAGUUGUGCAUGAGCCUGGAUGUGC